CUACUGAUGCAUUCCUAUUGGUGCCACCAUGGCGCAAACUACAACACCUCUUCAAUGCCAUCACUGACGACUACACCACGGCUAAAGAUGUCGCAAUACCGCUCAGCCAAAGACAUAUACGCCUUCACCACGCAGCCGAAGAACAACAAAAAGCCCGAGGAAUCCCCUCAAAAGAGUAUCGAAACCAUCAUAUGUGACCUCGAAAACCACUACCAGGACCUGGACCAUCCUGCCCGCGAGUAUGCCCUCGUCCGCGAUCUUGUCAACGACUGGAACGACCGCCGUCUACUUGCUCUCUGGAAGUGCUUCGAGCACCAUCCACGACGAACAUUCAAGGUCAUAGGUGUGAUGGGAUUGGACUUUGGCGAGGCUAGAAUGGGCAUGGUGAUCAGGGGCUCGCUUCGCAAUCUGCAAAAACAUCCGCAAAAAGACCGCUUUCUGGUGGUGGCAAGGGCACUGCAUCAGUCUGGAAAUGGCGAUUCUGUGCUGGGGCUGGAAGAUCCGCAGUAUGUGUUGAAUUGUCGCGAUGGCUCGGACAAUGCAAUGUAG